UUUCGCUAUGUCUCAUAUUUAUUAUUUGUGCCAGACUCCCUUCUACCCUUCGAGGCUAUCUUUGCCAUUUAUUUAUGACCUCAUUAGCUUGAUGUCCGGCUAAUUUAUGGAUCUGGAUGGUUAGUGUUGUCAUCAGGCAUGGAUAAACGACCAUGGACAAUUUGUGUGUGGAGUGCUAUCGUGGGAUUCAGUUUGGUUUCUGGCUCUGGAACCGAAAACCAGCCGAGCUCCCCAAACCAUGACCAAGCCAAUGUUGAAGUCCAGUUCCUGGGACCGAAACGAGUUGGCUUGUUUAAUAUUGAGAAUCUUCAAAGUUCGGAGCGCGUAAUCCGAGGCCAACGAUCCAAGAGAGUCCUUCCUCGGUACAAACGAGCCUUUGAAAGUGAGUUCUAUGACUGGAACAGGUUCAGGAAUAAUUUGGCUCAUGGCGGAUCGGAGGCCAUCAAUUACGGGAUAGGAUGCGCCAAUGUCCAGACGAAAGUGGACGUCAAACAGGCAAACGGGCGAAGGAAGCGCCAAACAGGCGACUUCUUUGAAGAGGUGAACCACCCACGUGGGUUUCCCGAACAAUUUGAGGCAUCCCUUCGACUGAAACAUCCGGGGAUUCCAAGAGAGCACCUCAAUCUUCUUACUGGUGGUGCCAAUGCUGCGAAUUUGGGCAUUGGGUGGGCCAAAUCCGGCACCCAAGUCACCGGAUCACAACGUCGAAAUCCCAAUCACAUCCGCCAAGUAUCUCCCAAUCGAGCGAAUUUGGGACAGGGUCAGGCACACGCCUACAAUUUUGGCAUCGGUUGUGCCAAUGCCAACACUCGAGUGGACGCUCGUCAAAGUGGAGAUGUUGGCGGAGGUGCGCAAAACUUUGGUUCAGGUGGGAGUCAGGCCUACAAUUUUGGGAUUGGAUGUGCCAAUGCUGGAACCCAAGUUGAAGCUAAUCAGGGUGGAUCUAAAAAGUUUGGUCCAUAUCUUUCGAGGAACCCGUUCAAUGACAAAGAUAAUUUUUUCAAGCAACCACAGAGCAAGAGCAACCGUUACGAAUAUCCUCAACCCAAUGAAGAUGAUCGAUACGACUUAACCCCGAAUUAUGGGUAUGAUGGGUCAUACGUUGGGAGUGACGACACUAGACCGUAUUUGAGGCCAUUUCCAGGGCCUCGAAACCCUUAUAAUAGAUAUGGUUUUCGCUAUGGACCCGUGUUCGAUUCUACAUAUGUAACAAAAUCAGAUAACCUUAUCCCCGACGACUACACAGAAAACUCUGCCUCUUACGAAGAUGCUAACGAACCCGAGGCUUUGAGAACCACCGAAUAUGUGAGCGCGCCAUCUUCAUAUCGAUCGGGUCCAUUUCCAUCUUUGAAUUUUGCUCCUGGUUCUUUUGUUGAGGAAUCCCCGGAUUUCCCACCGACCAAUUAUGAUAUCCCAAUCAAUUAUGCUAAUCAAGCCCAAGGAUUGACCAGAGCCGAGGCUUUGGGUAUUGGCAGUGCUAAUGCUGUUAGUAACGUAAUUGCCACCCAAGACCAAGGUUUCAACCCAUUUUUGGGUUUGAACUCGGCCUCGGGAACUUCAUAUUCAACCACUUAUGGAGUCGGAAAUGCCAAUGCAGUAGCAAAUUCAGUGGCUGUUCAAAAUCGAUUAAAACCUUUGCCUCAAUCGCCAGAUUUCAGAUAUUCUCAGGGACCAACAACCAAUACUGGCCCAGACUUCAGGGAACUUGAUUAUUUAACUGAUCAAGGCCCAGAUUCACGGCCAUAUUUCAAACAUUAUCCGGAUCAAGGUGUGAACUCCAACCGACAUUGGCGGAUUGACCAUUCACCAACCGAUGAAUAUGACACCACCACAAACGACAAUAUUGAUGCUGUCAAUAUUGUUCCAGUUCCAUUUUACGGUGGUGGAUCAAGACAACCUUUCCCGGGAACAAAUCGCUUUACCUCCAGAAGACCUGUUCCAAUAACCAAUAGAGUGGUAUUGAUUCCAUUAGACGAUGGGACGGUUGAUGAAGAUUUCGAAAACCACGGCGUUAAUCGAAAUGAACGACGUUGGGGUGUCCAAAUGAAUGGUGAUCAAGUGUUCCCUCCCAAUCGAAACCUGAUUCGCCCUGUCAAAAAUGGCCGUUUCCCACGGAGAGCAAAUGACAUCAACCUUUAUUCGGAUGACCAAUUACCAACCAGUAAUAGGCACUUGAUUGGGGGAGGGCUUCUAGCAGCUGGCCUUUUAGGAGGAGGCAUUUUGGGCGGAAUCGGUGGACUGCUCCUUGGAAAAGCAAAGGUCGAACAUCAUCAGCCUCCACCUCCACCUCCACCCCCACCCACUCCUCCCCUUACAACCACCACACAAAGAACAACCACGGUCGCUCAACUGACUGCCACUCCAACCACCCCAACCAUGACUCUACCGUUUGUGAAACAAAAGAUCGUCUGGCUAAAUGGCCGAAAGUAUAUCCGGGUGAAUGGUCGACUGAAACCUUACCAUUUGUUCAGGAGUCGACUCUUUUCAACAUGGGGACCUAGUUGUGCCCAAGCAGCCCGAGCACCAUCGCAUAUGCCCAUAUGCCAGAAAUAUUUUGGCCUCAAAUGGAGACAACUUGUCUUGCGUUGGCUUCUCAGGAAGCAAAACACAGAGAGGAAAGAACUGAGACGUCGGGAACUUGUGACUAAGAAACGAAUAAGCGACAGACAAAUCAGGAAGAGGCGCAACGAGCUCAUUGCACAAAAGCAAAGACAACAAACCUACCAGAACAGUCCAGAACUCGUUCAAUAUGAACGAGGGUCUGACUUUGUCGAGAACAAUGACGAGUAUGACGAAUACAGGGUUUUUUCAAAUGAACUCGAGACAGAAACAGAGAAUGAUCAAGAGCUUGGCAUCGGUUUGGGAGGGACCAGAAGGGACCAAACAAAUGGCAAAGUCAUCGGUAAUGUCAAUCCUGGUGGUUUAAUUGGUAUAAUCGGAGGUCGCGGUAUUGGAGUUAGUGGCCAAAGGGGCAGAGGUGUAGGAAUUGGGAUCGGACGGCGCCGUUUUACAGGGCAAUCAAGCACCUUUAUUACCGGCGAAAAUGGAGGGCGUAACUUUUAUCCUGGCACAAUUCGCAAUAAUGCAUGGGUUACCAAUCGCAAUUUACUCCCAGCGAGUAGAUUGCUUACAUCACCCACUGCAGGUGAAGAAGCGAUUUACCAAAACAACUUUUAUCAAGAGGGUAAUGGAGAAGGACAGUUCUUACCAAACCACGAAUAUGAGACAUUGGUUAAACAGAAACUUCAUGAAGAGCCUUCAGAGGACCCACCAGAAGAGGUUACGCAGAAGGAUCCCAAUAAAGUCACGCAACAAGUCACCAAGGGAGUGCAAGUGACAGUAGAGGAACGGCCAUCGGGCGGACAAGAUGAUGAAAAGAAAGAAACAAGAGAGAGCGAGAAUGGGAACAUUCAGGCUGAAAGGGUGACCAUGCAGCGAAUUGAAAAUAUUGAGAAACGCAUGGAUCGAAUGCUAGCUCAGUCCAAAAAGGAAGAUUGAAAACAACAAACUCGCGGAAGAUGUGCUAUAAAACUUCGUACUUUAUUCAUUUGAAGGUUAGGUCUAUAACAUCGUUCUAAAUAUAUUUAUUGGGAAAUUUC